CCUUUUCUUUUUAAUUUGUUUGCCGGCCUACUGCUUUUUCUCGUGGCUGCUUUUUCCUUCCCCUCCCGCCCUCUCUGAGAGCAGAGUGGGUAGGGGGGGAGAGGAGAAAGAGGAGGAGUGCGAACAGAAAUGCAGCGCGGCUCUCCCUGAGCCCGGCCGCGGAGCCGCGUCCAUGUGCGCGCCCUGCCGCGCAGCGCCUCGGAGCCACCGCGCCGGGGCCGGGGCUGCCCGCGGGCCGAGGGGUCUCUAACUCAUCCCACAGCCCCUCGCCGGAGGGCGGCCGGAGGGAGGAAGCGCCGCCGCCUGCGCCCGCGGAGCGGAGCGGCACCGCGCCGCAGGGACCCGCGGAUCCUCCGAGUCCCCCUAUCCUUUGGACACAGCGGACCUUCGCCAGCGAGGCGGUCGCUCCCGGAUCUACGCGGCGCUGCCAGCCCGGCCGGGGGUCUCGCCGACGGCCGCCCGCGCCGGGAUUUGCGCUCCCCGGGGACAGACCCAUGGGCGGCGGGGUCCGGCGUCCAACCAUGGUUGUUAGCCCGGGCGCCCUGCUCCGCCUGGCCGGCUGAGCCCUCCCCGGCGCCGGGACUCGGGGCUGCAGCGCGUUAAGCGGGUCGUUCCCGUCCCCGGUCCCCGCGGGGCGCGGCGGCGGCUCGGCCCCAGCGCGCCCGGGCGGCGCACCCCGGAGCGGAGCGGCGCGGCGCGGGGGGCCCAUGAGCGGCGAUGGCAGCUGCUAUCGCCAGCUCGCUGAUCCGGCAGAAGCGGCAAGCGAGGGAGUCCAACAGCGACCGGGUGUCCGCCUCCAAGCGCCGCUCCAGCCCCAGCAAGGACGGGCGCUCCCUAUGCGAGAGACAUGUGCUGGGGGUCUUCAGCAAAGUGCGCUUCUGCAGCGGCAGGAAAAGGCCGGUGAGGAGGAGACCGGAACCCCAGCUGAAAGGAAUUGUGACAAGGUUAUUCAGCCAGCAGGAAUACUUCCUGCAGAUGCACCCAGAUGGUACAAUUGAUGGGACCAAGGACGAAAACAGUGACUACACCCUUUUCAAUCUAAUUCCUGUGGGUCUUCGUGUGGUGGCAAUCCAAGGGGUGAAGGCAGGUCUGUACGUUGCCAUGAACGCUGAGGGAUAUCUCUACAGCUCAGAUGUUUUCACACCAGAGUGCAAAUUUAAAGAAUCUGUCUUUGAAAACUACUACGUUAUUUAUUCUUCCACGCUGUACCGGCAGCAAGAAUCCGGACGAGCGUGGUUCCUGGGACUCAAUAAAGAAGGUCAAAUUAUGAAGGGAAACCGAGUGAAAAAAACCAAACCCUCAUCACAUUUUGUACCCAAACCCAUUGAAGUGUGCAUGUACAGAGAGCCAUCGCUGCAUGAAAUUGGAGAAAAACAAGGACGCUCAAGGAAAAGUUCAGGGACACCAACCAUGAAUGGAGGCAAAGUUGUUAACCAAGACUCGACAUAGCUGACAAAUACCCUCCCUUCUUCCAACUCCUCCCCUCCCACCCACCUACCCACCCCACCUGGCGAAACCACACUGAGACGAUGACAGCUGAGCAAGGCAGGACCUGCCGGUAGUGGCUUGGAGUGUGAACUCCAGAAUCUUUCUUUGUGUAGGACGAGGAAACCCAGAUCCUGCCUGUUGCAACGUUUUAAAAAACAACAACAACAACAAAAAAAAAAGUGAAGAAAAAAUGUUUUAAAUCUGGACUCCAUUAACAUUUUCAAAAGCAAACUGUUUGCUCUGUGAUCAAAGGGGGAAAAUCUCAUCUCUGCAUAAUUAUAAUAAUAAUAAUAACUAAUAAAUAUAAUAAUAAUAAUAAUAAUAAAGAUGUUACCUUUAAAAAUAAAACAAAGCUUUUGGAAAAUUGAA